CGGCGGCGCCAUGGCGGCCGUGCGCGGCCUGCGGGUGUCGGUGAAGGCCGAAGCGGCGGCGGCGACGGCGGGGCCGCCCCUGGGGCUGCUGGGGCCAGGCCCCGAGCGGGGCGAGCCCGAGCCCAUGGAGGUGGAGGAGGGCGAGCUUGAGGCCGUGCCGGUGCGGCGCUCGCUGCUGCCGGUAGGACGCCGGGGGUCCGGCCACCGGGACACGAGCCGCCGGUACGAGAACAAGGCGGGGAGCUUCAUUACGGGCAUCGACGUCACCUCGAAGGAAGCCAUCCAGAAGAAAGAGCAGCGAGCCAAGCGCUUCCACUUCCGAGCUGAAGUCAACCUUGCCCAAAGGAAUGUGGCCUUGGACCGAGACAUGAUGAAGAAAGGACUAGGUCAAAGGGCAGCACAUUCAGUGACCUGUUUUCUGAAAUCUGUGGGACCAACCACAGCAAUCCCCAAGGUGAGACUGGAGACCCUGUACGUCUGUGGGGUUGAUGAGAUGAGCACCCAGGACAUCUUCGCCUAUUUCAAGGAGUACCCCCCUGCUCACAUUGAGUGGCUGGAUGAUACCUCCUGUAAUGUAGUCUGGCUGGAUGAGGUGACUGCAACACGGGCCCUGAUCAACAUGAGCUCUCUGCCCAGCACAGAGAAAGCCAAGGCUCGAGAAGCCAGUGAGGAGAAAGCCCCAGAGAAGAUGAGAAAAGACAAACAGGACAGCUCUGACGAUGAGACUGAGGAAGGAGAGGUCGAAGAUGACACCACAAGUGACCUGGAGUUGGAUGCGCUGUCCCAGGUGGAAGAAGAUUCCCUCUUGCGGAAUGACCUUCGUCCAGCCAACAAACUGGCCAAAGGGAAUAAGCUGUUCAUGAGGUUUGCCACAAAAGAUGACAAAAAAGAGCUGGGCGCAGCCCGGAGGAGCCAAUACUACAUGAAAUAUGGGAACCCCAACUAUGGAGGCAUGAAGGGCAUCCUCAGCAACUCCUGGAAAAGAAGAUACCAUUCCCGCCGCAUCCAGAGGGAUGUGAUCAGGAAGCGGACGCUGAUUGGGGAUGACGUGGGCCUGACCUUGACCCCCCCUUACAAACACCGGCACGCAGGUCUGGUGAAUGUUCCAGAGGAGCCUAUUGAGGAGGAAGAGGAGGAGGAGGAAGAGGAAGAAGAAGACCAGGACAUGGAUGAAGAUGACAGGAUUGUGGUGGAAUACCGGGAUGAACUGCAGGCCUUCAAGCAGGCGCGUGAGCGAAGCACCUCCCGUCGGACCAGCGCCAGUGGCUCGGGAUCGGAUUCGGAUGAGAUGGACUACGACCUGGAACUGAAGAUGAUUUCCACACCCUCGCCAAAGAAGAGCUUGAAGAUGACCAUGUACGCCGAUGAGGUGGAGUCGCAGUUGAGAAGCAUCCGGAACUCCAUGAGGGCCGACAGCGUGGCCACCAGCAAUGUCAAAAACCGCAUUGGGAACAAAGGGUCAUCCGACAAGGUCGCCGAUGUGCGGCUCCUGCUCGAGGAGAAGCGGCAAAACACAGCGCAGAGGCCGCCGGCGAGCAGCAUCAAGUCUGAUGUCCGCCAGAGAUUAGGAAAGAGACCACAUUCUCCAGAAGUCAAGAUCCCGAGCGGCACCUUCGCCCCCCGGAGAGAGCCGAUGUCCGACGUACACAGUCGGCUGGGCAUCCCCAGGCAAGAUGUCAAGGGCCUCUAUUCUGACACCCGGGAGAAGAAAUCAGGCAGCUUAUGGACUCGCUUGGGAUCUGCGGCAAAGGCCAAAGAGAAGGGGGCUGAGAAGGUGGACCCCACAGUGGUGGCAGCCCCUGAGGAGGAGGACUCGGAGCUCCAGCGGGCGUGGGGUGCUCUGAUCAAGGAGAAAGAGCAGUCGCACCAGAAGAAGAGCCGGUUAGAGCGUCUACCGUCGCUACAGAUUGAAAUCAGUCGGCAAAGCAGCUCUGACUCGGACACGGAGUCCUGAGGCCGGACGCAGCGGGCCAGGUAGGAUGGCCUUGUCCCCCGGCACUCGCCCGGCUUGGUCCAGAGAGCGGUGGACUGACCCUCCCUCUUGCCUCGGCCUUGACCUUCAGCCUCUGAGAGCCCAAGGGAGUGCGGGGGCUUCUGGGUCACCAGCGCCUGCCAGGAAGGAGGACUCCCCUUUGAGCCCUGCCCGGGCCGGCCCUGACCUCUGGGGCACCUGCGCUGCCCAAGGAAGUCUGAGGCGAAGCGGUGUCGGGGGGCGUCCGUCUGUGGGUCGGCACUCUGGCUGCCCGCCAGCUUCACCUGAAGACCAGCACUGCCAGUGCUGGGGGGCACAGAACACGGCCUGUGACUGGGGGGGGAUUUUUGUGGGGGGAGGUCAGUGUUGGACACUUGUUCAGUCUAUUAUGUUUUAAAACUAUUAAUGAUUUCAAAGCUUAAUUUUUAUAUGUGAACAUUUUUCCUGUUGACUCCAGUGAAAGCUCCAGUGGUGUCUCCAUAUGUGCUGUUAAAUAUAUAUUCUCUAAUUUGGGAAGAGCAGGAA